AUGGCCACUAUGUCUUCUUCACGUCUGUUCUUCGUGGUCAUAGCCGUCUCGAUUUGUCUCUCAUGCUUUUCUCUCAUAGAAGCCGGCAAUGGCGGUUUCAGAGUCGAUCUCAUCCACCGUGACUCACCACUCUCCCCAUUAUAUAUCCCCUCUGCAUCUCGUUCAGAGCUGUUGCGGAAUGCCUUCCGCCGGUCGAUAUCUCGCGCCAAUCAUUUCAACACAUCAAAGCUCUCUCCGGACGGCGUCCAAUCAACUAUCUACCCCGACAGUGGGACGUACCUUAUGAAAAUCUCUAUCGGUACUCCACCGGUAGAGAUGCUCGCUAUUGCUGAUACCGGCAGUGAUCUUAUAUGGACACAGUGCAAACCUUGCGAUUACUGUUUCCAUCAAACAUCCCCUCUCUUCGAUCCUAAAAAUUCCUCUACGUACAGGGACCUGUCAUGCAAUUCUAAGCCCUGCGACGAUUUAAACUCUGCAACCUGUAGUUCUAGUGGUGCUUGUGAGUAUAUGUAUAAAUAUGGGGAUCAAUCCUUUACUAAUGGAUUACUUGCAUCCGAAACAGUCACCAUGGAUUCUACUUCCGGCAAGCCGGUCGCCCUCCCAAAGGUUGUAUUUGGGUGUGGCCACAACAACGGUGGUACCUUCGACAAAUUAACUUCUGGUCUUGUUGGCCUCGGUGGGGGUUCACUCUCUUUAGUUUCUCAACUGGGUUCCUCCAUUGGUGGAAAAUUCUCCUACUGCUUGGCUCCAUUAUCUUAUAAUGCCACUAGUAAAUUGAACUUUGGCAGCGCAGCUGUUGUUUCCGGUGAAGGAGCGGUUUCGACUCCACUGGUUUCGAAAUCCCCCGAUACAUUCUACUAUCUGACGCUCGAAGGAGUCAGUGUCGGAGAAAAGAAGUUGGCUUACAAGAAAGCAUUGAAGAGCAGCAAUGAUGUUGAGGAGGGUAACAUAAUCAUAGACUCCGGCACGACGUUGACGAUGAUCCCACCUGAUUUCUAUGAAGAAGUGGAAUCCGCCGUGAAGAGCGCGAUUGAUCUUGAACCAGUUCCAGACCCACACAGGUUACUAACUCUGUGUUACAGAACUGCUCAGGAUUUCGACGUUCCUCCUAUCACCGUGCAUUUCACCGGAGCAGAUGUUGUGUUGAAGCCAAUAAACACAUUUGUCAAGCUGGAAGAGGAUCUGGUCUGCUUCGUCAUGAUACCAUCAAAUGAUCUUGCUAUCUUUGGUAACUUGUCCCAGAUGAACUUCUUGGUCGGUUAUGACAGUGUGGACAAGAAGGUUACCUUCAUGCCUGCUGAUUGCUCAAAGCACUAG